AUGCAAUCGAUUAUCUUAAUAUCUUUGUUACUUCUUACUAUAACAAUAUUCUCAUUACAAUCAGUAAAUGGUGCUCCAUCGAAAUUAAAACGCGCCGUAACUCACUCUACACCUUCGCAUAGAUCUACUACUCCAACAACACAUGCCGCUCAUGCACAUGAGACAACAACUGCAGGAAAAGCUUUGCCAAGGCGAACUACUACACGAUCGGCUGCUAAAGUAACUACUACUCACAGAAAAAAAACUACUACAAAACCAAGAGCAAAAAGAUCUCGUCAAAAACGUUUGUCUGAAUGGAAUUGGGCAUAA